CUUCGAUCCCUGCCCCGCCUCUUCAAUCCCUCCCCCUCCCACCGCUUCGAUCCCUCCCGCCGCUUAGAUCCCUCCCCAGCCUCUUCGAUCCCUUCCCCGCCUCUUCGAUCCCUCUCUACGCUUCCUCAUCUCCCUCCUCAAAACCCUAAUAACCAGAUAGAAAAAAGAUAGCAAGGGGUGGAGAUGCUUUUCUCAACAGGGCCAUGGCGACGGCGCCGUCGCCUCCCGAACCCUCUCGAAACUAGAAGCUUCCAUUGAUGUCUGCUUUGUUGGACUCAAAGAAACCCUAUAGCACGCUCCACGACAGCGUCACGGCGACUGUGGCGGAGGCGGUGGUUCUCACCUGCGCAAGGGGUGUCACUGGCGGUCGAGAAUUCUUCCUCGGCGAGUCAGCCACCUCCCACCUCUCCGCCGCUCGCGUCAAUAGCAGCUCAAAGCUUGAUUCUAUGAUUAGUGAAGAAGUUAACAAAUAUCAAAUGCUACUCCAAUAUAGUAGACAAGCUCUACGCUAUCAGAGACGCCGAUCUCACUUCCAGGACACAUAGACAUCAGUGAUCGACGAUGGGAAAACUGCAAGCUUUGAGGAACUUUAAUGCAUUUCCCCACGCAGAGGAUCACUUGUUGCAGAAGACCUUUUCUGGGGCCAUUGUGUCCAUUGUUGGCCUCACUAUAAUGGUGACCUUGUUCGUACAUGAGCUCAAGUAUUAUCUCACCACAUACACGGUGCAUCAGAUGUCUGUGGAUCUGAAACGAGGAGAUACUCUUCCUAUUCAUAUAAAUAUGACAUUUCCGGCUUUACCUUGUGAAGUUUUGAGUGUGGAUGCAAUUGAUAUGUCUGGCAAACAUGAGGUGGACUUGGACACAAAUAUAUGGAAGCUUCGCUUGAAUAGAGAGGGUCAUAUCAUUGGCACUGAAUACUUGUCUGAUCUUGUUGAAAAGGAACACUCUACUCAUGAGCAUGAUCAUGGUGAUGAUCAUCAUGAGGAUUCUUCUCAAAAAAAACAAGAGCAUACUUUUAACUCAGAUGCUGAGAAAAUGAUUAAGAAUGUGAAACAUGCAAUGGCGAACAGUGAAGGGUGCCGAGUAUAUGGAGUUUUAGAUGUGCAAAGAGUUGCUGGUAACUUUCAUCUCUCAGUGCAUGGAUUAAAUAUUUUUGUUGCUCAACAGAUUUUUGAAGGAUCAAGUCAUGUUAAUGUCAGUCACAUCAUUCAUGACUUGUCAUUUGGCCCAAAGUACCCAGGAAUUCAUAAUCCACUUGAUGGAACGACCAGGAUCCUGCAUGAUGCAAGUGGAACUUUCAAGUACUACAUCAAGAUUGUACCUACGGAGUACAGAUAUCUCUCAAAAGAAGUAUUGCCUACAAAUCAAUUUUCUGUAACAGAAUACUUUCUACCUAUACGUGAGACCGAUAGGUCUUGGCCAGCUGUUUACUUUCUGUAUGAUCUCUCUCCAAUUACUGUGACAAUUAGAGAAGAACGGCGCAGUUUCCUGCACUUUAUUACACGUCUUUGUGCAGUUCUUGGUGGCACAUUUGCGCUCACAGGAAUGCUCGACAGGUGGAUGUACAUAAUCAUUGAGUCGGUGUCGAAAUCAAAGACCAGAAGCGUACUUCGGUGAUUGGGUUCUCCAGAAUCUGAGAAGGCCGGCUAGCGAAUAUAAAGCCCAUGUGCAGUAAUCUUCUUUCAUUCGUAAUGUUUUCGCAUUGUCAUUGUCUAUGCAUCAGGGCUAAAUAGGGUACCCCAUCCGUUACAAGUGCUCAGUGUGGUCGAUCCAACCAAUUUAAAGAGCGUCCAACUUUUCUUAGCUGUCAAUUUUGCAAACAUGUAACUGCUUAUCCGUGCAUCAUUUUGUACCAAAAAGCAUAGAACUGCGGAUUUACUUUCUUUAGAACAACUCUGAGAUAAGAUUGUCAUAGAAGGCUUCCAUGGCAUUUCAGUGCUAAAAUCUGCCAAGAGGCGGUUAAAUUUA